CGGCCCGCGACCAGACACCAACAGUCCAACACUCCAACUAUCCAACAUCGGGGUAAUAAUGGCUUGCUUCUAGUCUUCUAGAGGACUAGACAACUCGACUACUCUGCCCUACAGUCAGGACAGGUUUAUCAAAUCGGAGCCUCCCCUCUCCCGCGCAGCAAAAUUUGGAAACCCACCCUGUCGGCAAAUAAAUACCGACCUUUGAUGGCUGCCUACUUUUACGGUCGAAGUCGCAUCCGCAGUCGAUUUUUUUUUUCCCCCCUUCAGGUCUUUGCGCUGAAUUAGGCCCGCGCUGGAGUGCCUACCUUACCAGACCAUACGGAGAAGAAACGCAGCGAGAGGCGAUGUCAGAUAUCGAAGCCAACAGUCCUUCUAUGGAGAAGCCCGGCGCGAAGACGACAGUCGCCAGUAGGUUGAAGGAAACGAUUGAGAUCAAGCAUGCAGACAUCAUCUGCAUUGUGCUAUGUUUCAUCACGGGUCUCUGCGACAGCGCAUCCUAUAAUGCGUGGUCAUGUUUCCUAGGCAUGCAAACGGGAAACACGAUUUUCCUCGGACUAGGCGCAUCCUCCCAACCAGCCGGAAAACCCUGGGGAUGGCUGAAAUCCCUCACCUCGAUCUGCUCGUUCUUCGCGGGGUCGUUCGUCUUCGCGACGACCACGCGCCACUUCGGGAACCGGCGGCGCGCGACGCUCGUCGGGUCGUUUCUCGCGCAGGCCGUCCUGGUCAUCAUCGCGGUCGCCCUGAUCGAGGGGAACCUCAUCCCGCACUCCGCCACGGACUCCAGACUCACCGGCGGCCGGCUCUUCCUGGAACUCAUCCCCAUUGCGCUCCUGGCCUUCCAGUCGGCCGGCUCGAUCACCUCCAGCCGCGCCCUCGGCUACAACGAGAUCCCGACGGUCGUGCUGACCAGCGUGUACUUUGACAUUGCGUCCGACCCGCAGCUCGCGCAGCGGCCGACGGCGAACGCGAAGCGAAACCGGCGCCUCGGGGGCGUGGUGAUGUUGGCUGUGGGGGCGAUUGUGGGCGGGUGGUUGAGCCGGAGUCGCGGGGGCAUGCCGUCGGCGCUGUGGAUGUCGGCGGGGAUCAAGUUUGGGAUUGGGAUUGGGUGGUUGUGGUGGAGGGCGGAAAAAUAGAUAACUACUACUACUACUACUACCCUAGUAGUAAUACUAGAUGCAAAUAUAUAUAUAUAUAUAUAUAUUCUGGUAAUAGAUCGAUAGAUCAUCAAUCAGGCUAGUGACGGAGUAUAAUGAGUGCCGUGUCAAGUCUAUGGCAUCAUGAAUAGCACCAAGUACCUAUCUAUACAUAACAAACUACCUUAUUAACUACUAGUACAGUAUCUGAGAUCGAAGAAUAAGCGCUGGACUACUGACAGUACCUAGGUAUUUAGUAAAAGAGGGAGGAUCAGGUUUGUAAAG